CCUCCGUCUCGGACCCAGACGCACGCACGCACGCACGCACGCGACUCCCCCCUCCCUCCCUCCACCCCGACCGACACGCACCGCACCGCACCGGCGAGCUAGGGUUCGUUCGUUCGCUCCGGCGUCCAUCUCCGGCGAGCGGGCGUCGGGCAUGGCGGGGAUACGGUGGCCGCCGGAGGACCCGGAGAUGUUCCCGACGCGGAUGCUCGGGACCGGGGUCUGGGGCGGCCCCCCCGCCGCGGCCGCGGGGGGAGGGGGAGGCCCCCCGGGCCCGCCCGGCGAGAUGGCGUCGGACGACGACCGCUCCGUGGCGGCCGACUCGUGGUCCAUCAAGAGCGACUACGGCAGCACCCUCGACGACGAGCAGCGAUACGCCGACACCGCCGAGGUGCUCCUCGCCUCCUCCUCCUCCGCGGCCUCCGCCGCCGCGCCCUCCGCCUGCUCCUCCUCCCUCAGCGCCCACCACUCCUCCGACUUCAGCUUUGACAAGGAUGUGCCUGACGUCGUGCCGCCGAUGCUGGGCCUGCACAAUUACCAGGACGGCGCGUACGCCGAAGACCUAGCUAAUUACCAUGAACGCAGCCACGCGGAUGACUGGUUUGGCACCGAGGCCAUGGAUGUCCUUGUAGGCUGGACGAAAAACUUAUGCUUCAGCAAGGAUUUGCCCGGCUGCAGUGUACUUGACAUAGGAACCGGGAGCGGACGACUCUUACAGCAGCUUGCAAAACAAGGGUUUUCUGAUCUAACUGGCAUUGACUAUAGUGAAGCCGCAAUUGAGCUUGCUCGAAACCUUGCAAUUCGUGAUGGAUUUGAGCACAUUAAUUUCCUGGUUGAUGAUGUUCUGGAGUCGAAGUUGGAGAGGAGAUUUGAACUUGUGAUGGAUGAAGGGACUCUGGAUGCAAUAGGGCUCCACCCUGAUGGACCUGUAAAGAGAAUGAUGUAUUGGCAGUCAGUGGCCAGCUUGGUUUCCCCUGGUGGCAUACUGGUCAUCACAUCCUGCAGCAGGACCAAGGAUGAGCUAGUGCAGGAGGUGGAGAACUUCAACCAGAGAAAGUUGGGCGCUAUGGUCUCUGAAGGAGCUCUUGCCAGCGAUGCCGUGGUGUUCAAGUACCUCGACCACGUCCAAGCUUACCCAAACGUCGAUGGUAUUUGCAUCGCCACCGUUGCUUUCCUGCAUACAUGAAAUAUAUGUAUAUGUAUCCAUCCCCCCUCUCUGCCCCUAACUUAUCAGACCUGUGAGUAACAAUGUACCCCAGGACAGCUGCUCUUCUAUGGAUGAUAAUUUACCUUGUCGGAUACGUUA